GCGUUCGACAUGGCAGUUUGUCAUGUGCGGAAGAGCGUGCUGUGUGCUGCAACCCGAAGAAGUAAUCAAGGCAACCCACACGACGGUGGAAGACUUUGUCGACCAAGAUAAGUACUCGCCUCACUACAAUGUGUCCCCUGGCAUGGCAACGCCAAUUCUGUAUCAGGACAAGGCUACCAAGCACCUCGUUGUGCGACCGAUGAAGUGGGGACUUAUCCCGUCGUACAUGAAGCCCGACGAGAAGGUGAACCACUUCAUGCGCUUCAAUGCCAGGUUGGCGGCCUCCAUUUCGAUCGCACUACGUCAAAGAAGUAAUACAUAACAUGCAGGUCCGA